AUGGUAGGCAUGAAGAGGAAGAUUUCGAUGGAGAAGAUAGAGAAGAAAGACUCGCGAUCGGUUGCUUUCUCCAAACGCCGUAACGGUCUUUACAGCAAAACAUCGGAGCUCUGUCUUCUCUCCGGGGCACAAGUUGCUAUCUUAGCGACUCCGAUUUCUUCCAAAUCAAAAGUCUCCUUCUACUCUUUUGGCCACUCUUCGGUCGAUAACGUCGUCUCCGCUUUCCUCAAGAAGCAGCGUCCUCAGGAGGAUCUAGGGUUAGGGUUUUGGUGGGAAGACGAGAGUCUUGCCAAGUCUGAGGAUACGAAGGAAUUAAGUGACGCGGUCGGCUCAAUGUCGAGAAUGUUGCAAAAUCUGAAGGUAUUGCAUUCAGUCGCCGUGGAAAAUCGUGAGGACAUGAAGAAGAAGGAUGUUGUUAUACAAGAAACUCAUCAAGAGCUUGAUAGAGAUCAAACCCUAAAUCUUCAAUCGACGACUUGUGCAAGUUCCUGCACUCAUGAUGAUCCUCCUGCGGAUUUCGAGGGGCUCGUCAAGAACAGUGGAGAGGAGGAUCAGACGAUCUUAGCAAUGUCUGACAUCAACAAUAACGACAACAACGGUUUAGUGCUUGGAAACUUGGAUGGUUGGGAUCAAGAGCUGGAUCUUGACCAAAUCUUUGAUUUCAUGACGAGUUCUGAAGGUUUAUCCAUGAAUAUGGAGAUGGAUGAUGUCUCAACGAAUCGAAAUUCCUGCUCUGAUUCUGUAGCAUAUGAAGAUGGAGCAAUGGUGAUUCACAGUAAUUCGGAUCAGACCGUAGCGACAUCUGACAAGAACGAAAACAACAUCAAUGCUUUGCCUGUAGAUCACUUGGAUGGGUGCAAUCAAGAGCUGGAUCUUGAUCAAAUCUUUGAUUAUAUGACGAGUUCUGAAGGUAUGUCCAUGAAUUUGGAGAUGGAUGAUAUCUCCAUGAUGAUGAAUACGUAUCAAAAUCUGUGCUCUGGCUCUGAAGCUGUUGAAGAUAUUGAGGCAGUGGUGUUAGACAGAGAUUUGGAUGAGGAUAAUCCCCACUUAUCUGAUUACUUCAAUGAGUUAACCUCCAUUACUGCACUUUGA